AUGUCGGCCUUCAACUACUGCUCCGGGCUUCUUUCAGCCCUGCUCUUGGCCUCGCUCCUGGUGGUCACCACGGCGGCCGCGCCCGGCAUCUCGUGCCGCGACGAGAGCGGUAAGCCCGUCGACUGGUGGGUCAUCUUCAAGGUGCCGCAUCUCACUGGCAGCUCCGACCCCAACGCCGCCUCUGGCUUCGGCUACGCGUAUGCGGACAGCGACGACCCGACCCUGUCGAUGACCGCCAACCGACUCGACAAGAACAUCGACGCGUCGCUGGGCGCCACGCUCGAGCAGAUCUACUCGGCCGGGUCCGACGCCGGCUACAUCAUGUACAACGACGAGACACCUGACAACAAGGAGCACGGCUCGUUCGGACACACGAAGGGCGACAUGGCUUUCGACGCGGACGGCGGCUUCUGGCUGGUCCACAGCGUGCCGCGCUUCCCGGCCAACACCGGCUCGGGCGUGAGCUACGAAGGCUACCCGGCAUACGCCGCCACCUACGGCCAGUCCUUCCUGUGCAUGUCCAUGAACUUGGACAACCUGGACAACGCUGCGUCGGCGUUCCUCUUGAACAAGCCCUACGUCUACGACUCCAACAUGCCCGACGCGCUCAAGCCCAACAUGCCCAACCUCGCGGCCGUCCUUGAUGGUGACUUUAUCAAGGAGGAGGCAACGAACGUGACGGCCAUCAAGACCGUUGGCGGCACUGUCUUCACAGUGUUCUCCAAGAAUGGAAAGUGGAAUCAGGACCUCUACUCCGGGCUGGUGGCACCCACCAUCAACUCCGACCUCACCAUCGAGACCUGGAUGAACGGCGAUAAGUCCAACAAGAUGCCGUCGUUCUGUCGUCCCGAGGUGAACCUGGACAACGUCAACGUGAAGAACUUGAACUUCUCGGACGACGUGGCAUGGAAGGAAACGCAGGACCACUCCAAGUGGGUGCUCGCGGCCAAGGGCACCAACAUCGUGUGCAUCGGUGACAUCAACAGGCAGUACUCGCAGGCCAAGCGUGGCGGCGGAACUGUGUGCAUCAAGUCCUCCAAGCUGUGGACUUCGAUCAACGGAAUUAUCGCCGAUACGGAGGCCUGCCAAUGA